CAGGUCUUCGCGGAUUAUAAUUGAUUACAUUUUGCGAGACACAGACAACUUUACUUAGUGAACAACAAGAGCAAAUUUUAUUAGAGAGAGAAAAUCCCUUUCUUCAUCCCUAUCAUCCAUGAUCCAUCUCUCCUGUGUAACAAGUGUAUGUUCUUGUCUAGUAACUGAUACAUGAUCCAUCUCUCCUGUGUAACAAGUGUAUGUUGUCUAGUAACUGAUACAUGAUCCAUCUCUCCUGUGUAACAAGUGCAUGUUCUUGUCUAGUAACUGAUACAUGAUCCAUCUCUCCUGUGUAACAAGUGUAUGUUGUCUAGUAACAAACGAAACCGAGAGGACUACGAAGACGACGUCUUAGACGCUGAAGAGCUCCUCUCCUCCGAAGAUUCAAAACGAGCAUACACCAUGGCAGCUACACCGAGUACCUCGUCCCAGCGUGCAUACGCCGCUGGUGAUGCGAUAUGGGUACUUAAUUGAAGAUGAAGUGUUAAAUUGUUUAUGUGGGUACUUUAUUUUUCGGAUGAAGAAUUAUGUUGAAGAUGAUGUGGUAAGAAUGUUGAAGAUGAAUGUUUAUGUUGAAGAUGAAGUGGUAAAAAGAGCCAGCAGUGGGAACAAUCAUUGAGGUGGACCGUACUACGUGGACCACCUCAGGUUCAGAAAAUUAUACAAAGUGAUACUAGUUGAAGAGCAAGAAGAUCCGAUACCUCGUCUAGAACCACUUCCUUUACCUGUAACAUCUGACAACUACAGGUAGAGGGAGUGGUUCUAGACGAAAAAGACAUAUUUCAAAAGACAAUCAUGACAACUCCACACUACAGGUCUACACCACAGAAACGCGGAUGGCUGAGAACAAGAAGAAAGAGCAUGUUUGUUAUAUGCAGGUGAUGGAUCACAGGCAGGGGAACUUCCGUCCGCGUCUAGGCCUCAGCGAAGGGUGGGUUCCAGGGAUUGUUACUUAUGGAGAAUCUAUAACACACGAAGAUGUUUGAGAAUCUACUGGAGCAUCUGUAUCUUCUAAUUGCUGUAGCUCUAGUUGAUGUCCUAGCUACAACUUUUCUUGGCGAUUCAUCUGAAGAUGUUGAUGUAUCUCCAUCUGUAUGAAGAUUUGAUAUUAUUUUUCUCUCCGAUGUUUCGGUGAAAUGAAGAUCAUGAGGACUCGUUCCUAACCUAGCGCUAGCCUACCCUACUGUUAACCUAGCCUAUUAAACGACCUAACUUAAACCUACUACUUGUCUCUCCAUCCUCUCUUCUAAUCCCCCUCGCCGUUCAAGCCAGAGCGGUAUAGCGAGAAAGAGACGGGAAGUCAUGUGCAAUUUGAGUUUUCCUGGCCUCUUUGGUUCAAUCCUAGGGGUGCAAUUAUGGAGAAGCAGGACCUCUUCUACUACACGAAGCCGCAUUUGGUCUUACCAAGACAGGAGCAAGCACCGUUUCAACCUGAUGCGCGAGUGGGAGGAAGAGGCGGAGGUGUGCAGAGCAGUCGAAGUAUUCUUAGUUUUACUAGACUUUUAGUUCUAUGUUUUGAGUGGCAGUUUUCAGCGUUACCUCAAGUAGUGCAUAUUGUUAUUUUUACUAGACUUGUUCCAGAUUACAGACUGAGAAUUAUUUUUACGGGAAAAGUAUAUAACUAAAACUACUUGAUGUUAUACUUAGUAGAUUAGCAAAAGCAAACAGCAGCUCUUGACUAUGAUCAUCACUUAGCAUCUUGAUCUUCGCUUUCACUAAUAGUAUCUAUAUGAAACUCCCCGGGCCCGGGUGCCCCGGGAGACGUUAAGGAAGGGAAAGGGAUACUUUAGGGACGUGGGCAGGGGUGAAUGGUUUCACAAGGUGAAACGGGCGCCCGAAGGGCGCGCACUCCCCUCCGCGCUGCGGCAAAGGGGAGCGGGAGCGCGCAGGCUUUAAAUACAAGAGGAAGGUGGCAGCACUGCCACCGAUUCCCCUUGAAAAUGUGGCAGCAUGCAAGGCCUUCAGUGUUUACCUGAAGGGCGUCUUAGGGGGUCUCUUAGUGUUUACAUUAAAGGCGAGGGGCCCUCUAGUGUUUACAUUGCAGGCGCCUUAGGGGUCCUCUGGUGUUCACAUUAAAGGGGAAGGGAGUCCUUUAGCAUUCCCAUUAGUGGCAUCUUAGGGGCCCUCUGGUGUUCACAUUAGUGCUCGGGUUUUUUCGUAGUAAAUAAAAUGUCGCUGUUGUGGCUGUCGUUGCUGUUGUUGUUGUUUGUUGCUGUUUGCUGCUGUUUGUUGCUGGUGUUUUGCUUUUGCUGCUGCUGUUUUGUUGCUGCUGUUUUGUCGCUGUUGCUUUGCUGCUGCUGCUUUGUUGUUGUUGCUGCUGUUGUUUUGUUGCUGUCGUUGCUCUUGUUGUUGCUCUUGUUGUUGUUGUUGCUGCUGUUGUUGUUGUCCUUGCUGUCUCUGUUGUUCUUGCUGUUGUUCUUGCUGUUGUUCUUGCUGUUGUUCUUGCUGUUGUUCUUGCUGUUGUUCUUGCUGUUGUUGGUGUUCUUGCUCUUCCUCAAGGCCAUCUGCUGCCCACAUGGAAGGCCUUCGGUGUUUACUUUAAAGGCGUCUUAGGGGUCCUUUAGUGUUUCCAUUAAGGGCGCCUUAGGGGUCCUUUAGUGUUUACAUUAAAGGCGCCUUAAGGGUCCUUUAGUGUUCACACUAAAGGGGGGGGAGUUCUUUAGUGUUCACAUUAAAGGCGUCUUAGGGGUCCUUUAGUGUUCACAUUAAAGGCGAAGAGUGUUCGGGGAUUUUUAAUAGUAUUUAAAUAGAGUAUUUAACAAGCUAGUACAUGAAAUUUUCGAAUUCCAACACCCUUCCCAUUUCCAACACACUUCCCACACACUUCCCACAUCCCACACACUUCCUACUUCCAACACACCACCCACUUCCCACACACUUCCCAUCACCAACCACAUCCCACAAGACCAAGCACACUUCCCACAUCCCACAACAUUCUCCACCACACCAACUCACAGGGCCCUUCCUGGUACGAGACCACACUUCGGGAUAUCAACCAGAAUUGUGUAUCAUCGCUUUUCGCUGGGGUGGCGCUGACAUCCCGGACAGCAGUCCUGGCGAACUUCUCGGGAUUACAAAUCGAUACCUUUAUCGUACUUCUACUGUUGUAGAAUUUAUACUUAUUUUUUUAGAAGACUGAAUGAUGCUGUGUGGAUUCAUUUGUACGUCUUCAACCACUUGAACUUGUAGAUCGAUGAUCACAAAUGUACUCAUCGAUUAUAGAUGGCGUCAAAAAUCUCCAGGUCUAAUCGAUGACGGCCUCAGACCGGAAUUGAAAACGAACUAUGAAAUCUGGUCUGUCUUCGUAGAGGAUAAAGCCGACUGCGAGAGGCUCGCGGAUUCUAUGCACUUGUUGUUUCCAGACACGCAUCCUGCGAAACGCGCCAAAAAUGUCGUGGGGAUGUACUUUCUUUAAGGCAGGAAGAGGUUCUAUUCGUAUACUCUCACAACGAUCCAAGGAAGAGGUUUUAUUCGUAAUCUUCACCAUCUUCAAGUGUGAUUUCUGCAUAUAACGAUACUCAACUUGUACAAGUACUACAGCUAAAUACAAGUACCCUAUACCUCUAACAGGUACCCUAUACCUAAAUACUAAGUACAAGUACUACAGCUAAAUACAACUUGUACAAGUACCCUAUACCUCUACCCUCCCCACUACAACUUACUAGUGCAUUUACUCCCUACCUGCUCUAAGCCCCCCAGCCCACAGGAUUCGACACGAUGUCACAACCAGCUUUGAUGACAGGCGACGAUAACGGAGCCGGCUCAUUAGAAUACGAAUGCCUGUAUCGCAUGAUGAGGUCAGCUGAACGAUGUGGGAUCGUUACGAGUUAUGACUACUUGGUGGACUACUUGAUGAUUCAUCUCUUUUUUAACAAGAAAGUGGCCUUCGGCGCCUUUGUAAAAUCGUUCAGAUGAAGAUGUCAAUGACCAAGUCGACGUAGUUGCGGUAGUACACGGACUAGAAGCAUCUUCAGCAUUCCCGUUCUUUUUGGAGAAUCUUCUUGGAGUCUUCGACGUCCGGUUGCUUCUACCCAGAGCCCAUCUCUCCCCCCUCUCCCAAAUUCUAAGGUCCAUUCCCCCACUCCGCCCACUUGUACCAGCAACUCACCAACCCCCUCUCCCAACUUCUAAGGUCGAUUGCCCCACUCCGCCCACUUGUACCAGCAACUCACCAACCCCCUCUCCCAACUUCUAAGGUCGAUUCCCCCACUCCGCCCACUUGUGAGUUCCAUCUCUCCCCCCUCUCCCAACUUCUAAGGUCGAUUCCCCCACUCCGCCCACUUGUACCAGCAACUCACCAACAAGGAAUGGACGCACAGUCUCUGUUUGA